AUGGCAGACGCCAGGAAGCAAGAGUUGGAACGAAAACGCCAAAAGCUUCUCGAACUGCGGAAACAGAAAGAUGAACGAAAAACUGCGGCUCCAACUGCAAGGAGCACAUUGGCUGGAGGAAUGUAUCAGGAUCGAUCAGACAUUGAUGAUCUGGUCUCGGCUCUUAUUGGGGACAAGACCCAAUCGUCACCUACCAGAUCGUCCACUGGUAUUAGAGCUGCCUCUCCUGCUGUCUCAAAUCCUGAUAGCACCACUGGUGGUAUUGCUGCAAGUAAAGGAGACGAGUCUGAAAGUGUCGUGGAUAAGACGGUUGAAAAAUACGUGCCAAAUCUAUCAUCUGUAGAAUUCCUGAUAUUGGAUAUCCCACCAAAAGAAAAGGUCAUUUAUAGUAAAGAAGUGCAAACCUCCGAAUGGAAACCAGAACCAGCAAUAGAAGCACAAACAUCUCCGGUCUCUGUAACUCCUCCUCAAAUCGCUCCUGCCGCAACACCAAUACUACAAACAGAACCCACAAUCUUAGACGACAAGGAGGCUCCUAUACUACCAAAGCUAACCGAAGAAGAAAAAGAACGGAUUCUAAUGUCGGAUAGGUUUUUGGGCUUUUUCGAACAGUCGACCAAGAUUGUGGAGAGAGCACUGAAUGAUCGAUAUGAUUUCAUGGUUGAUUAUACGGCUGGUGAUGAUCUCGACAGGAGCGCGUCGACAGAAGUCAAGGAAGUAUGCACAUUUUAUGAUGAAAGGUGGACACGGAAUCGUGCACUGACAUCAGUCGGAUGGUCUCCCAAGUUUCCAGAAUUGUUGCUUGGAUCAUACAACAAAAACACCUCGUCUCCCAAUGAUCCAGACGGUCUAGUACUAGUUUGGAAUCUACACUUGGCUGAACGGCCUGAAUUUAUAUUUCAUGCCCAGUCCGACGUGACCUCAGCCAUCUUUUCAGAAUUCCAUCAGAAUCUUAUUGUAGGUGGUACAUCGACAGGCCAAAUAGUACUAUGGGAUACUCGAUCAAAGAGCAUUCCAGUGUUGAAGACACCGUUAUCAUCCAGUGGACAUGCACAUCCUGUAUAUGGUAUGAGUAUGGUUGGAACACAGAAUGCUCAUAAUCUCAUCUCGGCAUCAACGGAUGGGAUGGAAAUAUUGGAAUUAAUACAUCCUUCACAUCCCAAGACACCUGAAGUGUCGGUCACGUGUAUGGGCUUUACACACACUGAUUCUUCCACAUUUUGGGUUGGUACAGAAGAAGGCAGUAUAUAUCAAGCAUUCAGAUAUGAUCGAGCUGGAAGUAAAGCUGGAUUGAACCUAUUGGAUGUGUAUAAAGGUCACUAUGGAAUGAUAACAGGUCUUCAUUUCCAUCCAGCAAAUGAGUUUUCAGAUCUAUUUCUGUCCUCGUCUGUUGAUUGGACUUUGAAACUUUGGAGUGCCAAGUCGUCAGCCAAACCAUCAACAUCUGCAACAACAAUACAUCCUAUUGCAUCAUUUGAGAAUGCAGAUGAUCACAUAUAUGAUGUGAAAUGGUCACCUGUUCAUUCUGGAGUUUUCGCUAGUGUUGAUGCGAGUGGCAAAUUUGAUGUUUAUGAUUUGACCCAAGAGGCUGAGGUUCCUACUGUCAGCAUUCAUGUUGGUAAUGGUAUGGCCUUGAACAAGCUGGAUUGGGAUAAAGAGGGAAGGAGGACAGCGUUAGGUUCUUCUGAUGGGUAUCUCUAUGUUUAUGAUGUUGGAGAGUUGUCACAACCACGAUCUGAUCAUUUGAGCAAUCUCUCCAAAGUGGUUAAUGGAUUUGAGACUGCUCUGCCAUCACUUGUUGAAUAA